AUGUCUGCCGCUAUGUUUGAGAAUAUCUACAGGGUUCGGAAAGUUUCCGAAAAAGAUGGUAAAGCCUGUUUUAUCUGCUACAAACCAAGCAGUACUGUGUUGAUUACCCAGGAUCAAAAGGAUUUGUUUUAUAUUUGCCCUAACCAUUUAAAGGACUCCAGAAACUUUGGUAAUCCAAUUUACGGUCCAGAGCUAGAGGAAUUAAAACAACGCCUAAAGGCUAAAGAAGAUAGAGAGAAGAUUCUUACGUUUCUUAUCAAUGAAAAAACAAAGUUUGGGUCUUUCGGCAAAAUCCUUGGCUGGGGUGAUAAACCCAAGAAGGAGGAAUCUGAAGAUAAGGAUAAGGACACUAAGAAAACAGAAAGAUCUAAAUCAAUAGAUGAGCUACGGCUGGAUUUGAACACGAUUAUGAAAGACAAAUCAAGCAUUGAAGAACAAAUUAGGCUAGGUGAACUUAACGUCAAGCAGUUUGUUUUGAAUUCAGAUAUCUUUAAAAUCAGAAUCAGAGCGCAUAGAAAGAAAAUAGACCUACAGCAAAGAGCUGCAAAAAUUCAACUGGGUGAAGUUUUUCCCUCGGUUCCUCAAAAUUUGCCUUAG